GUCGACAUUCUCUCGCUACAUCAUUUAAUCAUGCCGGCGUCACAAUUGAAGAGACUAAAGCAGAGUCUCCGUGAUUCAGGCGUCACAGGACCGCAGAAGUCGAAAAAGCAAAAGAAGCAAAUCGCCUCAUCGAAAGACCAGACUCGCCGUAACGAUCGUGCCGCUGCUCUUCAGAAUAUUAGAGAUUCAUUCAACCCGUUCGAGCUCAAGGCGACCAAUUCUCGCCCCGCCAAAUUCGAACAUGCCUCAGCGAGCAACGGAGCCGGUACAGGAAAAUACAAGGCGGUGCUACAUCGACCUAGGGUGUCGAAGUCUGCGGGGGAGGAAAUGCGCAGGGCGACACUUUUACCAGAACUGAGGAGAAGAAACAAGGUCGGCGGGCUCGUUGAUAGGCGAAUAGGAGAGGGAGAUGUGGACAUGACGCCAGAGGAGAGGGCUGCGGCUCGGUUCGCGAGGGAGCAAGAGCGCAAGUCGAGGGGCAGAAGCAUGUUCGAUCUGGAGGGCAGCGAUGAUGAAGGGGGAGGAUUUCAGCUCACACACGGCGGGAAAGGAGUUCGUGAUCUCGCAGCCGAUGAUUUUGACGUGAGUGUGUCAGGCGGGAGUGACGAUGAGGGUAGCGAGGGAGGCUUAUUCAGAAAGAAGAGACGGCGAAGUGAUGUGGAAGAGGAGGGUGCGGUCGAUGAAGAGGAAGGUGAGCAGGAGACGGAGGAGCCCGAACGCAAGAAGACGAAGAAGGAGGUCAUGGAGGAAAUCAUCGCAAAAUCCAAAAUGCACAAGUACGAGCGACAAAAAGCAAAGGAAGAUGACGAGGACCUGAGAGAAGAGCUGGACAAAGGUUUUGAUGAGAUUUUCAGUCUUCUCAAGGGCGCGAAGAAAGCAGCGCCUCCGCCCAAACAGCCACAACCUGCAGCUGUCACUGAUAGCGGACCUGUCAUCAAUGCAGAUAGACAGCGAUUAUUGGAUGGGAUGGAUCGCGAGAAGGCAGACCGGGAGUACGAUGUCCGCAUGAAGCAACUCGCAAUGGAUGCUAGAGCUAAGCCUUCAGAUAAGACACUGACUGCAGAAGAGAAGGUGCAGAAAGAGGCACAGAGAUUGAAAGAGCUCGAGGAGAAGCGACAGAAGCGUAUGCGUGGCGAGGAUGUCUCCGACGACGAAAGGACGCAUAAGGACACCGAAACACAGUUGGGGGGCGACGAUGAGGAAAUUCCAGAUCAAGCUGCGGAGUUCGGCUUUACCAACAGCCUACCCAACCAAAAGCUGGAACGAGAUGUGCAGCCGGACGAAGACGAAUUUGAGUUUGAUGACGAUUUGGUCGCGAGCGACUCUGAAGCUGAAUUAAGUGAUGAUGAAUCGGAAGCAAGUGACGGCGCUGACGGCGACGCUGCUGUCGAGAAUGAAGAAGAUGAGUUCGUGAAGGAAGUACUUGGACCGGAGGUGUCAACUGGUGCCAACACAAGUACCCUAGGAGAACGAAGAUCUGGUACUGAUGCGUCUGGCCUGUCUUACACAUAUCCCUGUCCUCGAUCACACGCCGAGCUACUGGAUGUUGUGAAAGAUGUGCCGGCAGAGAAAUUGACAACAGUCAUACAACGAGUUCGUGCUCUGUAUCAUCCUUCGUUAUCUGCCGCGAACAAGGAGUCGAUGGCAGAUUUCUCUGCUGCACUGGUAGAGCACUUGGGCUGGAUGGCGGACAAUGCGCAACCAUUGCCCGUGAUCGAGCAGGUCAUGAGACAUCUCCAUUCGCUUUCGCGAACAUAUCCGACAGAAAUCGGGGAGGCAUUCCGGAGAGGACUGGCCGCAUUUCAGCAGCGCGGACAGCCUACGCCUGGAGACUUGGCACAGCUUACCGCAAUCAGCUCAAUAUACCCUACCUCUGACCACUGGCAUCAGAUUGUCACUCCUGCGAUCACAUUGAUGGCUCGUUGGCUGUCCUUGAAUGUGCCAACAGCAUCUAAACCGGCGACUGCGCAAACUCUUAAAACGGGUGCAUUCUUGGUAGCGAUUUGUGCGAAGUACCAGUUGCUUAGUAAACGCUAUAUUCCGGAAGCUGUACGGUUCACCAUACGCGUGUUGGAUGCUGGUACGGGCAAGCAGAGUGCACCGAAGGAGCUGCUCAGGCCGCAUGUCCAGAAUCUCGCAGCGAUGGCUGAUCUCUGGAAGGACAAAUCGGCAUUCAUUGAGAUCUUUUCGCCGGCCUUGCCAAUUCUGAAACGCAUGGGGCAGAAUCCACAGUUCAAAGACCUCAACGCAAAAACGCCACAUCGAAAUAUAUCGAUUCUCAUACAGCAGUCGCGGACCGCGCGGCGACCACUCGAACUUCAUCAUCACCGCCCACAGCCGAUUCGAACAUCGAUACCCAAGUUUGAGGAGAACUUCAAUCCCGACAAGCACUAUGAUCCGGACAGGGAACGCUCGGAAGCCAACAAGCUGCAGAAAGAGUACAAGCGUGAGCGCAAAGGUGCACUUCGUGAGCUUCGCAAGGAUGCGAACUUCGUGGCGAGAGAGCAGCUCAAGGAUAAGAGGGAACGCGACGCCGAGUAUGAGAAGAAAUACAGGAGACUCAUCGCCGAAGUCCAGAAUGAGGAGGGUGCGGCGAGUAAGGAUUAUGAGCGGGCCAAGGCGAAGAGGACGGCGGAGAAGAAGCGGAAUAAGAAGUAGUGACACAGAAUUUUGUAUAGUACAAAUGUAUGCGAGGCAUGGCUUCUUCUGCCCGGUCAUACUUCAGUACCGUCACGUGC